UCGAUCGAACCUAACUGUCAUUAAACUACUGCCCGAACUCGUUGUUUCUUGUCCCGUAUUUCUGGAACACCUGCACCGAUAGAAUUAUCUACAGUUACGUUACGUUUCGCUAUUGAGCUGCCGGAAAGGCAGUCCACGUAGCGUUUUAGCCUACGUUGUAUGGCGCUCCUAUAACGAAACGGCCACCGAACAACCUACUUCUACUGCGAUUGGUUACCAUCCUGCGCACAUCCUUCCGAAUGCCUAAAAGACAAAUCGGAUACUACACCGUUGUCCAUUACGCGAGCAACACGUAACCGAAGUGCUCCUUCUCUGGCGGAAGCCCUGCAGUCUAACAAGCGGAGGACGGUGAAACCGACACCAGCUCCGCCUGCCACCGUUAUUUCAACUGCACGUGAAGUCUUUGAGUCAGAUAUCUGCUUCUUUCGUCCAAAUUUGGUGUACUACUUGGCCGAAGCCAGAAUGCAUCUGUACGAGGACGAUAGACGAUCGGUAUACGCAUGGAACGCUGUGGACGUGGAGGUGGACGGAAUGCUGCAGCACGGCCAUGUCAUCGGUCUGGAAGAACACGAAGGAGCCCCCCAGCGUCUUGUGGUGGAUUUCGGGUGUCCGGCACAGGAACCGGUUCCGAUAGAAUACGGGAAGGUUUUCGACUGCAUGAGACCGUUUGAUGAACCACGGGCUGGGGCUGCCGUGGAAGUGUUGCUGUUCGACCAUGCCUGGAAAUGGUAUUCCGGCAGGGUCCUAAUUGAUUCUUUCGCGAACUUAUCGGACUACGCGCUGGUGGAGGUGUUCGUGGGCGGACAACGUAUGAUGAUAAGUGAUCAUUCUGGCGCCAUUGGGCGCCACCCCUGAUCCACUGCCCCCCAGAAGCAGCCACCCCAACUGCCCCUGGAAUUAAAUAAUAAAAUAAAAUAAUAAAUAAUACUAUUUUCAAAGUUAAAAUAAACAACUGUAUAAAUCAAUAUUAAAUUAAAAUAUUAAUAAAGCCGUCAACCACUCACGGGCCAAAGUGACGUGCUUCGCUACCUCCGAAGCAGGUGUCAGCCAGCCUGCGGGUGGUCAGGCUGCGCCGCACAUAUAACUGCGCUGUAUAUGUGUUAGAGAUACAGCGCAGACAGCUUUACCUGCAUUUGCCCUGCGCCCAGUUGCCAAGGCACACGGCACACUUCUUGCCACACAGUGUUCCGCGUGCGUGACUGAAGCUUAACACAUAACGAAGAACCAGCGUGAAUUUCUGAGGUUUUUUAAUUUAGUCAUCGCUGACUAGUUUUUUGGAGUGUAUUGGAGAUUAUAGGGAAAAUAUCUCUGUGUUCGCCGUUAAUUUCCAUUGCUUCUGGUGUCCAUCGCGGCCUGCCAAUUUGAUCUGAGGCGGAGGUGCUCUUGCGACGCAAAGGAUCUGGAUCCUCAUCCACACCACAAGCCACCCCGUGUUAUUCUUCCUACUCGGGGAAAGCAGUCGUAAAAACUGGGCAUACUGCGAAACGGUAUCAGGCUUGAGCAUUGCGGAAGAGCGAGAUCAGAGAAUUGCUGCGAAGAGAGAAACUACCGAGAACUACGGCUGCCUUCAAGUGCCAUCGCAUAUCGAGGAGCCCGCUGAGUUGCCUGUUUACUUUUUCCACCGGAAUCGUCUGACUGAUCAGUGCCGGCCGUUCCUCGCUCCGCAGUCUCUGUCCAAGCCAGCUCCUUCCGGUAGUGCGGGGGUAUUGCGGUAACUGACUUUUACAGUUGGUUCAGCAAUCCCAGCAUCGCCUCCUGCCCUCUUUGCCGCGACGUGUCCGUGCCGUAUUCCAGCCACCUGCUGUCCUGCACCUCUCCAUCAAGGACCAGUUGCCGAUUGAUGCGUUGUGGCAACUGACUAACCGUUGGUUUAGCAGCGCAUCGGUCGGUGUGCCACCGCCUGCAGUCCGCGUAACUGACUCACAAUCGGUUUACCGGACAGAGACUGCUACCUGACUGAUAAAGUUGGGUGGUAGUAGUGCAGGCGUCGCGACCUGGACUCGCCGCUGUGACGGACGGACGGACAAACGGGUAGCCUUCCAUAUCCCCCCCGGAAGUGUACGCUAAUUCCUCAACAAUGUCGUUCCCCGCUGCAACAACAGUGCCCAUGGGCUGCUUAUCCAGCAACGAUAUUGCCAACCUUGACGUUGAAUUUCCUGGUCAGCUGCACAAAGCGCGCGAGGUGGAAUGUAAAUUCGAUCGGAACAAUGUGGGACCGCAGAUUUACGAUCUGUUUAAGCGUGAAUAUCUUCAAAUGAAAGAAAACCCCGGUCAAUACCAAUUCCCACGCAGUUUGUUUAUGAAGGUGACCGGUAACAAACAUCUGUGCAUAUCGCGAAAUGAUAUGCAGGAACAUCCCGCGUUCAAAGAGUUUGAAAGGAACGGACAGCUAACGUAUUCCAAACAGUUCUUCACGGCCAAUCCUAACGGCUUAGUCGUUAUUCAAAAUGCUGGCAAGCAGUACUGUCCCCUUGAUGAACGGUUAUCUUGGGAUGAAUGUGCCAACCGUGCGCUCUGGAAAUCAGAGAACAACAUUUUACGCCAGCUAGAUGCCAGUGAUGUCCUGAAGGGAAAUCCCGGGCGGCACGAUGCUGAGGCCGGCGUGAGAUUCUUUGCCGCACUUCGCCAUUCACAAGCUGCAUCCCGAGACGUCGGCUAUUAUGCCUUUGUAGACGAAGUGAAGAUUGUUCCAGAAUUGUGCGAUUUCGAAGUGCCCUGUGUGCUUAAAGAGCUUGACCGGAUGUUCAAGCGCGGUCCUCGGCCCGGCAUUACCAAAAAUCAGCUGCUCAUAUCAGCCGGACUUACCGGGUUCGGUUCUCACUGUGAAGAUGGGAUGCUCGCUUCUUUCAACUUCCUGUUCACACUAGAAAGCGUCAUUAAGUCAUGGAUGGGAAUUCCGGUUGAGCACUUUCCACUGGCCAAGAAAAUAUUUGCAGACAAGUACGCUCAAGUUAUCGCGCCAGACACCGCAACGUGUGACGAUAUCGGCGUGAACCAUCUUCACAAACUCCUCAUCCUGGCCGACUGGAGAGACUUCUUGCGGCAAGGAGGUCAUGCAUGGUACAUCGAGCAGGGACCGGGAGAUCUCGUUCUUGUCGGCUGCGGGGUGAUCCAUCAAGGCGGACAAAUUGGACGUAAUGAAGCCAUUGCAGGAAACUUUGCGGAUAUCCAUAACUACAGAGACGUAGUUAUUGGUACGGAUCUCUAUCGUCAAUGCCCUGACGAUAUUGCCAACAAUACAGAUCCAAAGGCUACCUCCCGCGGAAUGUGCAGAAUGGAAGUUUUUCAGAUGGAAGCUUGGUUAAACGCCCGAGACCAGCUUGCCAAGGCAACAAAUAAUCCCCAGCUUGACCUGACUUCCAAUCUUCCGCUCCCGGAGUCAGUGGAAUGGUACCACUAUUCCGGUCGGGCAUAUGCAGCUCAGGAGCGCCUAAGGCAGGACGAUAUCUUGUUGCCAGAAAAACCCACUUCUUUUGAACCACCGGCUCUGACAACGCGGUUCCUGGUUAGGCGGAAAUUUCCUCUUAGUUGCCUGGUCUGGGGCAGCAAGGUCCCGCACCCGGAUGUCCGGCCAGUCUCUUUAAGCUAUGCCAAUGAUCUACGCCACCAUUUACGUAACCAUCGAACAGACGAAACUCCCGACACAGUUGGCUGGACAGUUACGGGAGUUGUGUUUUACAAUAAACCGGAUGGUACAUGGGAAGACGUGGAAAAGCUGGUCAAUAAUGGCAAAAUCAAGAUUUCCAUCUACGACGGUGCACAGCGGUGCGCCGCGGCGGAAAUGAUGGGAUGGGAAGAACUGGACGUUUGUCUGUACCUGAAUCCCACGGCAGAAGAGCAGAAGUUUUUGUGUUGUCGAGCUCAGGAAGUCAACGCGCAGGUCGCCCUGCAGUACACGGGCAAGCAGCUUUUCAGUACAGCCAGGAAAUGUGUCGAAGUAGUUGCACGACAGCAUGCACAAGAGCUUGGGAUUCCAGAUAACGUUCCUGUUCCGUUCAGUGAUGACCAGGCCGUGGAUGAUACCGUAGAUCUACCGGACUCCGUUCCCAUUACGAAUCCUGACCACCGCUUUCAUUUCACUCCAGUUCCAACUACUCAACAAAGCAAGCCGCUCGCGUCAGCUAAGCUGUUGUUUAUUAAGCAUUAUCCAACGCUUUUGUCAAAUCUUGAGCCCGCAAUGCCUGGAAUUUGCGAUGACCAUCAGGCUCUGACGAAAGAUCAGUCCGAAGCGAUAGGCUGGCUUCUCAAAAUUGCCUGCUAUCCGCGCGCGCUGCAGUCGAAAUUCGAUCAACUCUGGGAUCUAGUGGAGCGAAGGGCAAAGCCGGCUGUCGAUAACCUGGCCCGGCGUGAAAACAAACUGGGCAGCCUCUUCUGUGUUCUUCUAACCCCUCGAAAGCUGCACGACCUGCGCCAAUUACGCAAAGAUGAUCCUUGGCCCAUGGUCGAUUUCGCAUUGGAUCGGAUUCUGGAUGGGAGCCUGAGCAUCAUUCAGGCCUGCAAGCCAGAUGUAGUGAAAAAGCGGUGGGAAAAAUUGCGCAAGGUCCCCUGGCCAACGACAAAACGGGCGCUGCCAGAGCCGGAAGAGAAACGUCCGUCCACUGUGAAGCUUUCGAGAGGUGCGACUCGGUCAACGCGGACAGCGUAUAGCAGGGCAGCAGCUUCUAAACAGCCACCUGUUAUUCUACCCGUCACUACCUCCACUACGUCAUCGUCCGGUGAUAUGCGCCACUCCACACCGCUGCCGGCAAGCUCAGGAAAACGCUGCCGCACACUGGACGAGCACUUCGGGGCGGAUGUGAGUGCUAUUAAGAGCACUGAAGACGACGGAGAGCAUGAGCACAAUGGUGACCACAAUCAGGAAGAAGCGCAUCAUCCUUCCACCGGCGAUGAGGAGCCAUCAGCCAAACGUAGAAAGACAAUCAAGUCGUUGUCCGGGGAUGGAGGCAGCAGCGAUUCGGUGGUUGUGUCAGCAGAACAGAGUCCUACCGCGUCUGCCGGACAGGAACCGGGCACUGCGACACCGUCGCCGUCAUCAACCUCAUUGGAUGCUGUGGAAGAAGAACAAUCCCCUACUCACAGUAUUCCUCCCAAUGACGAAAUGGAAGUUGCCAGCACGUCACAAUCGCUUCCGAAUUCCGUGAAGCCCGAUGCGGAAGCGCAGUCUCUGCAGGAUAGCGGUCGCGGCUCUGGCUCUGAACCCAAUCCCCCCUCACUUUGGUUUUUCGCUGGCAGUGAACGCCAAAAAUGA